AUGGAGGGCACAGACACAGAGAAGAUGGAGGGCACAGACACAGAGAAGAUGGAGGGCACCGACACAGAGAAGAUGGUGGGCACAGGAACAGAGAAGAUGGAGGGCACAGACACAGAGAAGAUGGAGGGCACAGACACAGAGAAGAUGGUGGGCACAGACACAGAGAAGAUGGUGGGCACAGACACAGAGAAGAUGGUGGGCACAGACAAAGAGAAGAUGGAGGGCACAGACACAGAGAAGAUGGAGGGCACAGACACAGAGAAGAUGGUGGGCACAGACACAGAGAAGAUGGUGGGCACAGACACAGAGAAGAUGGUGGGCACAGACACAGAGAAGAUGGAGGGCACAUACACAGAAGAUGGUGGGCACAGACACAGAGAAGAUGGUGGGCACAGACACAGAAAAGAUGGAGGGCACAGACACAGAGAAGAUGGAGGGCACAGACACAGAGAAGAUGGUGGGCACAGACACAGAAAAGAUGGAGGGCACAGACACAGAGAAGAUGGAGGGCACAGACACAGAGAAGAUGGUGGGCACAGACACAGAGAAGAUGGAGGGCACAGACACAGAGAAGAUGGAGGGCACAGACACAGAGAAGAUGGUGGGCACAGACACAGAGAAGAUGGUGGGCACAGACACAGAGAAGAUGGAGGGCACAGACACAGAGAAGAUGGAGGGCACAGACACAGAGAAGAUGGUGGGCACAGACACAGAGAAGAUGGUGGGCACAGACACAGAGAAGAUGGUGGGCACAGACACAGAGAAGAUGGAGGGCACAGACACAGAGAAGAUGGUGGGCACAGACACAGAGAAGAUGGAGGGCACAGACACAGAGAAAAUGGUGGGCACAGACACAGAGAAGAUGGUGGGCACAGACACAGAGAAGAUGGAGGGCACAGAGACAGAGAAGAUGGAGGGCACAGACACAGAAAAGAUGGAGGGCACAGACACAGAGAAGAUGGAGGGCACAGACACAGAGAAGAUGGUGGGCACAGACACAGAAAAGAUGGAGGGCACAGACACAGAGAAGAUGGAGGGCACAGAUACAUAGAAGAUGGUGGGCACAGACACAGAGAAGAUGGAGGGCACAGACACAGAGAAGAUGGUGGGCACAGACACAGAGAAGAUGGUGGGUGA